CGAGCAGACUUACGAAUGUAUUGUUCCGUGUUAUGGACAUUGUUUGUGAACGUUGUCAAUAAUUUGGUUUUUCGUAGUUCUGUAACUUGGUCGUCCUUUGGUAAAGAGGGAGGAUUUGUCAUUAAUACUUCCGGUUGUUUGUCGUUGCUGGAGGUCAAUAUUCGAAAGGAAAUGGAUGGAUUUGGCGACAGUUUUGACCAGCCAGAGGUAGAUCCAGCAGCUGAAUUUCUAGCUCGUGAGCACGAUCAACUUGCUGGUCUAGAAGAUGAAUUGCAUCCUGUUAUUGCCACACCGCCAGUAGAAGAUGGCAAAGCAGUGAUUUCUGCUCUGCCUGUAGAUGGUUCAUUCAUUCCACAAGGGUCGACCCUUCCUCAGGUCGAUCACACAGGCAGCUUUGAGAUGAUUGAUAACUUUGGUCAGCAAGAUGGUUUUGAGUCAGAGGGAAUAGGUUCUGAGGGUGCCACUCUUGAAGGCAGGGGAGUGAGAGAAACAGAGAGUGCUGUGCUACAGGAGGAACCGCCAGAAACUCAGCCAAAGUUAUUUGCAUCAUCAGCUCCUACAAGAUCUGUUACCAGAGAGGAACCUGAGAAGAUUAAAAAGUGGCGUGAAGAACAAAAGAAACGAUUAGAAGAGAAAGAUGCAAAUGAGGAGAAAAGAAAAGAGGAGUUACGUGAAGGAGCCAAAAAGGAAUUGGAUGAAUGGUAUCGCCAUCAUGAGGAACAAAUUUCAAAGACAAAAACAGCAAACAGAGAAGCUGCUAAAAAUGCUGAAAAGCAGUUUGUGGCCGAAUCAGAUGAAAUUGAGCCUGGUACAGAGUGGGAACGAAUUGCUAAAUUGUGUGAUUUUAAUCCCAAAUCGAGUAAGACUAGCAAGGAUGUGUCUCGGAUGCGGUCCAUAAUUCUGCAGCUGAAGCAGACUCCACCUGCUGCAAAACGUGCUUGAAAUGUGCCGCAUUAUAUAUCUUCAAUAUUAUGGAAUAUGCAUUCCUAGUUUGUUAAUAUAUGAAUCUGUUAAUUUAUACUAAACAAUUGAAAGAUUAUGCUUUAUUUGUAAGAUUGUAUACUACAUUAGAAUAAAAAUGAAAAUCAAGUAGAAAAAUUUAUUUACAAUAUCAGUGAAUACAUAGUUA